AUGGAUGCAUUCGGAGCACCUGAAAAUGAGUCGCUGUCGCCCAGUUCCUCUGGUCCUGCCCUAUGGGAUCCCUUCCGCCGUCCCCUGGACUCCAUCCAGCCCUGGCACUUCAGGCUCCUGGCAGCCGUGAUGCUGGUGGUGACCUCCCUGUCGCUGGCUGAGAACCUGGCUGUAAUCCUGGUAACCGUUAAGUUCCGGCAGCUGAGACAACCUGUCAACUAUGUGAUAGUCAAUUUGUCUGUGGCUGAUUUCCUGGUCUCGCUGACUGGUGGCACCAUCAGCUUCUUAACGAAUCUAAAAGGUUAUUUCUAUAUGGGAUACUGGGCUUGUGUCCUGGAAGGAUUUGCUGUCACAUUUUUUGGCAUUGUUGCUCUCUGGUCUCUCGCUCUCUUGGCUUUGGAGCGGUACAUCGUGAUCUGCCGCCCGCUGGGGAACGUGCGCUUGAGGGGGAAGCACGCAGCCCUGGGUAUUGCCUUCGUGUGGACCUUUUCCUUUGUUUGGACCGUUCCACCAACAAUGGGUUGGAGCAGUUACACCACCAGUAAGAUUGGAACUACCUGUGAGCCCAACUGGUACUCUGAAGCUUAUAUCGACCACACGUACAUUAUCGCCUUCUUCACCACCUGUUUCAUAGUGCCCUUAUCGGUGAUCCUGGUGUCCUACGGGAAACUGAUGCAGAAGCUAAGAAAGGUGUCAGAUACGCAAGGCAGGCUGGGAACUACCAGGAAACCGGAGAGACAAGUGACUAGAAUGGUGGUUGUCAUGAUCGUUGCCUUUCUGAUCUGCUGGAUGCCGUACGCCGCCUUUUCUAUCCUGGUCACUGCCCGCCCCUCCAUCGAGCUGGAUCCUCGCCUGGCAGCUGUGCCAGCUUUCUUUUCCAAAACAGCCACUGUGUAUAACCCAAUUAUUUACGCCUUUAUGAACAAACAGUUCAGGAAGUGUCUGAUUCAGCUGUUCAGCUGCAGCACCACAGAAGCUGCAGAGUCCAACGUGAACCCGACUUCAGAGAGAGUAAUGCUAACCCGGGACAAGCGUGGCAGUGAGAUGUCCACUGUGGCAGCACGUAGCACUGUUUCUAAGAGGAAAGCCGGAGAUGAACACAGAAAUUGCCAAUCCUUUGCUCAGUUAGCAGCAUCAGAAAACAAAAUCUGUCCCAUGUAG